CGAGCGCCGCCGGAAAGCGUCGAGCGGCUUCGGCAGGUGGGGCGGGGCCGGGACCGGGGCGGGGCCGGGGCCGGGGCGGGGCCAGGCCCGGCACCCUGAUCCCGAGGCCCGCGCCCCGCGCCCCGCGCCGCAGCCAUGGGGGCCUGCCUGGGAGCCUGCUCCCUGCUCAGCUGCGCGUCCUGCCUCUGCGGCUCUGCGCCCUGCAUCCUGUGCGGCUGCUGCCCCUCCAGCCGCAACUCCACCGUGACACGCCUCAUCUUCACCACCUUCCUCUUCCUGGGCGUGCUGGUGUGCAUCAUCAUGCUGAGCCCUGGCGUGGAGAGUCAGCUGUACAAGCUGCCCUGGGUGUGUGAGGAGGUGACCGGGACCUCCGUCAUCCUGCAGGGCCACAUCGACUGUGGCUCCCUGCUUGGCUACCGUGCCGUCUACCGCAUGUGCUUCGCCAUGGCUGCCUUCUUCUUCCUCUUCACCCUGCUCAUGAACUGCGUGCGCAGCAGCCGGGACCCACGGGCCGCCAUCCAGAACGGGUUUUGGUUCUUCAAGUUCCUGGUCCUCAUUGGCAUCACCGUGGGUGCCUUCUACAUCCCCGAUGGCUCCUUCUCCAACGUCUGGUUCUACUUUGGCGUCGUGGGCUCCUUCCUCUUCAUCCUCAUCCAGCUGGUGCUGCUCAUCGACUUUGCACACUCCUGGAACCAGCGGUGGCUGUGCAAGGCCGAGGAGUGCGACUCCCGCACCUGGUACGCAGGCCUCUUCUUCUUCACCUUCCUCUUCUACUCGCUGUCGAUCGCGGCCGUGGCACUGAUGUUCAUCUACUACACCCAGCCUGACGCCUGCUACGAGGGCAAGGUCUUCAUCGGCCUCAACCUCACCCUCUGUGUGUGUGUGUCCAUCGCCGCUGUCCUGCCCAAGGUCCAGGAUGCACAGCCCAACUCAGGCCUGCUGCAGGCCUCGGUCAUCACGCUGUACACCAUGUUUGUCACCUGGCUGGCCCUAUCCAAUGUCCCCGACCAGGAAUGCAACCCCCACCUGCUCACACAGCUCAGCAACGAGACGGUCCUGGCAGGCUCCGAGGGCUACGAGACCCAGUGGUGGGACGCCCCGAGCAUCGUGGGCCUCGUCGUCUUCAUCCUGUGCACUCUCUUCAUCAGUCUGCGCUCCUCGGACCACCGGCAGGUGAACAGCCUGAUGCAGACCGAGGAGUGCCCAGCCAUCCUGGAGCAGCAGCAGCAGGGGGCCUGCGAGGGCCGAGCCUUUGACAAUGAGCAGGACGGCGUCACCUACAGCUACUCCUUCUUCCACUUCUGCAUGGUGUUGGCCUCCCUGUACAUCAUGAUGACACUCACCAACUGGUACAAGCCCAGCGAGACCCUGAAGAUGAUCAGCACGUGGACGGCCGUGUGGGUGAAGAUCUGCGCCAGCUGGGCAGGGCUGCUGCUCUACCUGUGGACCCUGGUCGCCCCGCUCCUCCUGCCCAACCGCGACUUCAGCUGAGACAGCGCCUGCAGCCUGCCUGGUGCCUCCUGGUGCCUGGUACCUCUCGCUCAGCGACCCCCAACCCACCCCGCGCCGCCCCACCUCCAGGACUUGCCCCUGUGCGGGGCCACUCCAUUCUUAGUGCCUUCAGGGUCUGAGGACCCCCCCCCCCCACGGAGCUGUCCCUCCUUCCCCUUGUCCCAUUGCCCAUACUCAGCCCCUUAGGACAAAAGGUCCCCGCCCCGUUCUCAGGCCCCCCCAGGAGACGGGGCUGAAGGAGAGAGCUGCUCAGAGCUGUCACAGAGCACUCACCGCCAUGGGGUGCUGAGGCCCGGGCACUCCUAGCCCCUCCUGGACUCUGUGCCUUGCUGAGUCUCCGAGACUUUGCCUAAUAAACAAGCCAGUGUGUGUA